AAUUAGUUUGCCUGAAUCUUUAUUACGAACAGAUGGUUGAUGUGCCCUGUAAGCCAUCAAAACAGGAAAUUUAAACGUAUUCAGUAAUUACUAAGGCUCGAUGAGGAAAGUUAACCGCUGGAACCUUAAAAUGUCAAUUUGACGUCACGUGUUUAUUCCAAACUUUCAUUUUCAACUGAUAUAUUCACAAAGCUCCGCAAUCAUCGUUUCGGCGUCGCUACUCGCGGGAAAGACUGUGGUCGCUUUUUUAUUUCAAGCCUUGAUAAAGUGAAAAUUUACCACUGACUUUUAGCGAUAAUGCAGAACGGACACGACCAGGGAAUUUCCUCGACCGUAAAACUGAAUGUCGGCGGUCAUUUCUUUACUACAAGUCGACAAACACUAACCAAAGAUCCAAACUCAAUGCUAGCCAUUAUGUUUUCGGGAAAAUUUGACAUGAAACCUAGUGAAGACGGUACUAUGUUCAUUGACCGAGAUGGAACUCACUUUCGAUUUAUACUCAAUUACCUUCGCAGUGGAAAAUUAACAUUACCUGAAGGAAGCACAGCUCUGAAGGAACUGAUGGAGGAGGCUGAGUUUUACCAGAUCCAGGGAAUUCUUGAUGAAUUAAAGUCCGUGACAGAUAAUUUAACGAUCGUGAAACUGAAUGUUGGCGGCCAUCACUUCACAACAAGUCUCCAAACGCUGAAGAAAGAUCCAAAGUCAAGAUUGUGCGCCAUGUUUUCAGGUGAACAUGUAAACAACAGCACCUUCAUCAUUGACAGAGAUGGAACACACUUCCGUUACAUACUCAAUUAUCUUCGUGAUGGAGAUGCGAGGUUACCGGAGGAUGAAUCUGCACUGAAAGAGCUCGAAGCCGAAGCACAGUUCUACCAGGUUGAAGGGAUACUAAUGAAAUUGAGCGUUAUGUCGGAGAUAAUAACGAAUGAGGAACACACAGCCAAGCUGCUUAGUUUCCUACCCUUGCUUGACUCAAGGAGGAAGCGACAUCACCUUCGUCUACUGUUCCGAGCUUCUCGCGAUGGCUUCUUCGCCAAAACCUUUCACUCCAUGUGUGACAACAAAGGACCUACUGUUACCAUUGUGCGGAGUGGAGAAAAUAUAUUCGGAGGUUUUACAGAACAGUCUUGGAAUAGUGAUGGUGAUUAUGCAAGAUGUUCAAAAUCAUUCUUGUUCACUCUGGUCAACCCACAAGGCCUGGAACCAACUAAAAUGCCAAUUACUACUGAUGGCCAAAAGUACGGCAUCUGCUGUUACAGUGAAUAUGGACCAACAUUUGGUAGAGGUCUUUAUGGCGGGUAUGCUUUGAAAAUUUCUGACCAUGCAAAUGUGCGCAGCAGUGACUUUGGUAUCAGUGACUCCUAUGAUUUUCAUCAAGAUUUCCGUACUUUCUUUACAGGGAAAACACAGUUUCUUGUGAGUGAUUAUGAAGUCUUUUCGCUCGUGAACUAGCAUGUAGCAAUUGAUGGCUUGGGUGUUUCUUUUAACCUUUUGACCCUUAAGGGUGAUUAGCAUUUAAUUUCUCCUUACAAUUCACCCCCUGAAUCACACAUUAAGGUCAUGAGAUUAAAGGAAAUGAUCACCAAGUAAAGAAGCUCUCGAUUUUGAUAGAAAUUCUCCUUGUCAGCACCUUAGGAAAUGUUUAGAGAACAGUAUGGAGAAUUUGUACACUGAUAUUAGGGUGUAAAGGUUUAAUGAGUUACUUUUCCUUUAUCUAGUGCUUUUGCAGGGGGUAAAUAACAGAAAAAGGAAGAGUGGAGUUAUAGGUCCAAAGAGGUGUAGAAAAUUAUAAGUAGAUAAAUAUUAUGCUAAGGUUUUUUUUUCCUUCAUCAUGAUAAUAUUCAAGUAUUUGACUUUUCAACUUAUAGCAUACUGAUAUUCUACUUCAUGUAAUAACACUUGCAAGCCUGUUAUAGACUAGGGCUGGGUUGUUUGAAGCUGGGUUAAGAUAACCCAGGGUUAGUGUGAAAUCAGAUUUCACAUCUGAAAGUUUUAAAAAAAAUUCAGCAUGAAUUUUUUUUGUCUGCUGUUUGAUGAUUGGAUGCUCUAAAAAGAAGAGAGAAAAUUAUCCUAAAAAGGCUUUUGAACAAAGAAGUAAAGAUGCUGGGAUUAAAAUGUAACCUUGGAUUAACACUAAUUGGCCUUCAAACAACUGGGCUCUGCAGUCCAUUUGAGACACCUUAUGUUGCCGCAAGGUCUUAGUUUUCUGAAUCCAUUAACCCUUUAACUUGCAUGAGUGACCAAGAAAGAAUUUCUCCUUACAGGAUCAAUACAAUAUCAAGCAGACUAGUGAUGAGAAAUAAGAAAUAAAAGUAAUAAAAAUUUUAAGUAGAUAAAUAUUAUGCUAAGGUUUUUUUUUUCUUCAUCAUGACAAUAAUCAAGUAUUUGACUUUUUAACUUAUAGCAUACGGGUAUUCUACUUCAUGCGAUAACAUUGGCAAACCUGUUAUAGACAAGGACCAUGUUGUUUGAAGCUGGGUUGAGAUAAACCAGGGUUAGUUUGAAAUUGGAUUUCACAUCUAAAAGCUGUAUAAGAAAAUUCAGUAUGAAUUUUUUUGUCUGCUGUUCGAUGAUUGAAUGCUCUAAAAAUGGUAGAGAAAAUUAUCCAAUAGAGGCUUUUGAACAAAGGAGUGAAGACGCUGGGAUUAAAAUGUAACCUUGGAUUAGCACUAAUUGACCUUCAAACAACUGGGCUCUAAAGUCCAUUUGAGACACCUUAUGAAUCCACUAACCCUUUAACUUGCAUGAGUGACCAAAAAAGAAUUUCUCCUUACAAUAUCAAUACAAUAUCAAGCAGACAAGUGAUGAGAAAUAAGAAAAAUAUUACAAGGGGAUUAUUAGUUGAUCCAAUACCAAAUUUUCUAAGCUAACAUAAAGAAGGAAAGGAGAUGGCUGAGAUCAUCCCUUAUCCUUGAUUAGAGUUUGAAGAGGAAUAAAAAAAGGCUCAUUAAUCUAUGUACUUUGUUUGGCAGUGGCCAUUUUGAAUUUUAGUUUCAUGUUCUGGUGUUGAGAAUUUGGAAAAAAAAAACUUUCAAAAUCCAUUCAAAGCAUGAUGAUGUCACCAUUUUUCAAAUUUAUUACAGUCCACUUACUGUCAUGGAUCCUUUAAGUUGUGGGUUCCACUCUUCAUACAAAUUAACAUGUUAACCCUUUGACUCCCAGAAGUUAUUAAGAUGUAACUUUUCCUGAUGAUAUCCAUACAUUAUCCAGCAAACAGGUAAUGAGAAUACACAAAUAUAUCACGUAGAAGGUGUUUGCUUGAUUUAACAUCAACUUCUGGUAUCAAAUUUACAAAUAAAUUAUGCGUAGCAGCUAGAGGGGAGAAUAAACAAUCAGAUCUUGGGAGUUAAAGUUAAAGAGGACAUCUAUUGCUUUUCUUGCCCCUUGUGCCUAGACUGUGAGUUUCAGUAAGUGGUCUUUUGUGAUUCU